ACCUCUCUCCCUAUCCAGUCCACAAAUCCAUUUUUUUUAAAUUUCACUUUAAUCCCUAAAAAAAAAAAGAAUUCAUAUUUGCUAUUCUAGAACUCAAAUUAUUCUCAAGAAAAAUGACUAUUUCUUUAACGAUCGGAGGAAACGGGUUCUCGGGUCUGCCCGGAUCUUCGUUCUCCUCAGCUUCUUCAUCGCUUCGAUUGAAGAACAGCAGACGAAAGAACACGAAGAUGCUGAACAGGAAAGGAGUCGUCUGUUCUUCGUCUUCUGUAAUGGAUCCGUACAAGACCCUCAGGAUCCGACCAGAUUCAUCUGAAUACGAGGUCAAGCAAGCUUUCAGACAACUCGCCAAAAAGUAUCAUCCAGAUGUUUGUAGAGGAAGCAACUGUGGAGUGCAGUUUCAGACAAUCAACGAAGCUUACGAUAUUGUGUUGAAGCAAAUUAAGAAUCAGAUGGAGGGAGCAGAGGAGUUUCAGCCAUUCGAUGUCUAUGAAGAGGGAUUCAACGGAAUGAAUGAUCCAGAUUGCGACACGUGGGAGGAAUGGAUGGGGUGGGAAGGUGCAGGAACCAGAGACUACUCCUCUCACGUGAAUCCUUACGCUUGAAGAAGCGACGACGACGACUUCGUAAUGAUUCGAAUGCACAUAAAUAACAACAGAGAGAGACUAUAAGAUCAAUGUAAAUAGUUGAAAAUUGUCUCUUGAAUGGCUCUUAAAUGUAAAUAAAGUCAUUUCUAUGUUACGUGAACUCUCAAAAUAUUCACGGAUAAGCUUUAAAGCUUUCGUGAAUUUGGAUCUAAUGAUAAUUAAUUUGGAUU